AUACCAACAUACACAAAACAACACUGUCGAAAUGUCAAUCGCGUACAAUAAUCAGCUGUCGAUUUUUAUUGCAAUAAUUUAUUAUGAACACAAUGCGCGUUAACAAAUGAACAAAUCCCUGUACUGCUAAGAAGCAAUCACGGUGGUGAUCUUGGGUUUGUGCGGUGUGGGGCGAUGGCGCGGUGUGGGUUCGGCGAGUGACGGAGGCGAGGGCGGGCGAGGCCACGGUCCGAAGGGCCAGGCAUGUGGAGGCAUGGCCGGCGAGGCGGCGGGCACGUCGCGCGGGCUCCGGGUGUACAAGAUCGUCGUGCUGGGGGACGGGGGGGUGGGCAAGUCCGCGGUUACUCUUCAGUUCGUGAGCCACAGUUUCUUGGACUACCAUGAUCCUACUAUAGAGGACUCAUAUCAGCAGCAAGCUGUCAUUGACGGAGAACCAGCGUUGUUGGACAUUUUGGACACGGCAGGACAAGUGGAGUUCACAGCGAUGCGGGAGCAGUACAUGCGUUGCGGAGAGGGCUUCGUGCUCUGCUACUCCGUAACGGACCGGCGCUCGUUCCGCGCCGCGGCCGAGUACCGGCGGCUGCUCGCGCAGGCGCGGCCCCAGGAGCGCCUGCCUCUUGUACUAGUCGGGAAUAAGCUGGACCUGGCUCCCCGGUGUCGGCAGGUGACAACUGAAGAAGGCUCGGCCCUGGCCACGCAGCUCGGCUGCCCGUUCUUCGAGACCUCGGCUGCGCUGAGACACUUCGUCGAUGACGCCUUUCACGCGCUCGUGCGUGAAAUACGCCGUCUGGAGCGACAGAGACAGUCCUCAUUGAUGGGCACCGGCAUCUCGACGGGCGGCGGGCGCCGGCGCUGGCGGCGUCUCCGCAGCAUCUUCGCGCUCGUGUUCCGUCGGCGGCGGCGCCACGACUGAACGUAAG